AUAUAUUGAUAAAAACAAAUAUUGAAUUUGUGGUGGGAUUCAAUGCGGAAAUCCGAUAACGAUAAGGCAGAGAGCAGCGUGCGGUUAGAUUCUCCGAUGGAAUCGCAAUCUGAAAUAAUCGAAAUAAGAGAUUCCGCGAGCCCCAAAGACAGCGGUAGUUAUAUGAAUUCGGAUGUGCGUCCAACGGGCCGCCUGCAGACGCAAUCUUCAAGUAUCAAAGCAGCACCAGAAAAGAAAUUAUUGGUGUUUGCCAUAAGGCUUGCCCUUUUGGAGAAGGCCGCAAGCGGGCUGGGAACAUUGGCCUUCGUCUGGGCGACAGUUGUGCUUCUCGGGGGCUUUGCGAUCAAAUUAGAAAGGGAAGACUUCUGGUUCGUGACGAUUAUUCUCGUAAUCGAAGGCACCCGAAUCUUCAGCCGCAGCCGCGAGCUCGAAUGGCAGCACGAGACUACUCUAACCAUGGCGGAAUUCAAGAAGGACGCAAAACAUGCAAGUUUCAAAAUCUUCAACGCCGGCCGCUCUUUCUUCGCCUCGAUUUGGGCGAAAUUCUCGACCCGCAAUGUUGCUCAAGAUUUGCAGAACAGAAGAUCAGAUUGGGCCCGCCGUAAAUUGAAAAGAAGCAUUUCUGCUUCGGACAAUCCGUUGGUGCAAUAUGCUUUUUCUCAGAACGUAAGAAGGCUUCUGUUCUGGGCGCAGUUGUUGUCCGCGUCUACGUGUAUUGCGUUGUCAGUUUGGAGAUUAGCAGGGCAAGACUACGGCAAAGUUGAGGGCAGCAGCGAGAAGCAGAAUCGGAAUCCCGCUUUGAAUGUGUUCUACAGCUUGGCUGUGGCUGAGGCGCUUCUGUUUUUGGUGGAGAAGGCCUACUGGCAAUGGAAAAUCAAGGUGCAGAAUCUGCUGGUCCAGGUGAAGGACGAGUUCGGAUUCGAUGAAAAAGAGGUGAGCACGCUUCAGCGGUUUUUCUAUGACACGUAUUCGCGGUGCGUCAAUGGAAGUGUUUUCGAAGGACUGAAGAUGGAUAUGGUGUGCUUCAGCGUGGAUUUGCUCAAGUCGAGCACGGACGACGGGCAGCUAACAGGUGCCCGGGUGCUUUCUGCCCUGGUUUGUGACUCUCGUUUCUCCGAAGAAACGUUGCGAUCGAUCGGGAUUAUGCAGGACGUGGUGGAGCGCCUCCUGGAAAUGCUCAACUGGAAGAAUCGUCAUGAACAAGAGAUCCGAAAGGUCGUGGCCGAGAUUGUAUGUAAUUUUGUUAAGAAGAAUCGCAAUUCGCUUCGUGUGGCGCAGAUCCCCGGUGCUCUGGAAUCCAUUGCUUCCUUGCUCUACGAUUCCACACGCAAUGAGUUCCAAGGAUACGAUUACUCGGGUUUUAGUCUUCUGGGGCUCCGCAUCCUGAAAAAUCUUGCCACGGACCACGGCAACUGUGCAAAGAUCGGAAGCACCAAAGGCCUGCUUGCCAAAAUCAUACGCUUUACAGACGUACAUGCAGCGAAUUUGACCAGAUCCCGAAUCAAGACUUUGAGGCUAUCAUUGCAGCUGCUGAAAAUGCUGGCGGCUAGUAAGGGUGAAACAGGGAAUGUGUUGAGAAAAGAGAUACUGAAAAAUGUUUUCACAAUAAGCAAUCUAAGAGAAUUUCUUCUCUACGAAGGCUCCGACCGUUUGCGGCUCCAAAUCCUGGCCAUUGAGACGCUCACCAGCCUUGCUCUGGAAGAGGAAGGUAGGGAGAGCAUUGGAAGCACCGGAGGAGUUUUGAGUAAUCUUUUCCCUGUAUUUUUCAUGGAGAGGAUUAAUGCUAAUACUAAUGAGGAUCAGGCGAUGAUGCAACUGGUGAGCAAAGCAGGAGAAGCCCUAACUCUGCUUGCACUCCACAAUAAUCACAACUGUGAGGCCAUGAUUAAACUCAAAUUAACGCAGCAUCGAAGCAGAAACGACCAUGUGAUCAGAGAUUUGAUUGUUGUGCUCAACGAUCCUCUUCAGGGAGUUCAUGCGGCAAGAAUUCUUCGGAACUUGUGCGCUUAUGCCAACACGGAUUGUGACGAGCUCAGGGAAAUCACGGAAGCGUCAGCGCAGAUCCUAAAGCUUGUGAUGGAGGAACAAGGUGAACUUCAGGAAGCCGCCAUAGGACUAGCCGCUCAAAUAUUCAAGUUCUUCAACAAAUCAAGAAUGAAUACUGUAUUUAACGAAGCGGGUUUAAGUAAAAGAUUAUUUGUGAUGCGAUUGAUAGAGGUUUUGAGGAUGCAUCCUCGUCCGUCAAUCAAAGUUCCCUAUAUCAGAAGAUUUUGCAUUGAGGUAGUGAUUUGUAUGGUGGAGAAGGACAAAGCAUGUUUUGAGAUGGAAAGGUUAGAAUUGAAGGAUGCUUUCGUGCGUGUGGAGGAAACGACGUCGGAGUUGGAGAGUUACAGUAGGUUAUCGGGAGGCAUUGGUCUCACCCGACACCACAUCACCAUCCAUUCCCUUGUAAACACUGCUCUCUCAUUGCUUUCUUCUUAAUUCAAAUGUACACCAUUUCUCUUCUCUGUGUACAUAAUGUAAUGUAACUUGUGCUUCUCUGUGUACAUAAUGUACUGUAACUUGUGCUUCGUUACACACAAAUAUUAUUUUUAAGUCCGUACGGCGCCGUCUUGCCGUUCUAAUGAAUUGGAAUUAUGUGUGUUUAGAUUGACGUUUUGAUUUGAGCCCCAAUACGGAAGAUUUUAAGCUUGCGUAUUUUGGCAUCGUUUCUCCUCGCUAAUCUUACGUUGUUUUGUUCA